CGAAAAUGCCACUGUGACGUAAUAAGAAAAUGGUCUUAAAGGUAAAGUCAAAAAUUUCAUCAGCGACAGUUUCAGUCACGAAAGCAGGUCGAGUAACAACUGUUGAAAAAUGGAAAACGGAUUGGUUUCACGAGAUCAGCGAGUUAUUUCACCUUACAACGGAUCAAGUAACACCAUGCUUAUCCUCCGGAAAACCAACAUUGGAGCGGGUAAGAGCGCUAGAGAGCAAAGCAAAACUGAACACCGUACUAUCACUAAUAGAGAGAUACAUCAAAGGCAGUGUGAAUACCCACCCCUCAAUUAUCAAAAACUCAAACUCAAACUCGAAUAAUAAUUCAAUCCAGUUUCGAAAAAAGCAACAUCAUUGGGAUUGUAUGCCUUGGACUAUGGUUGACCCUAAUGAGGUAUGUCCUGUUGAUUACUUUCACCAACCGAAAGAAGACAAACAAACUUGGAACGUAGAAGAAGCCAUCGAAAUACUUGCAGCAGAGAACCCAAGCAAAGAUAUUAUUACUGGUUCAUUGACACCAGAAGACUCAUGCAGUGAUAGUGAAGAUUAUCUCACGAAAUUCUUCCCCUCAAUCACGAAUUUGAGAUCAUAUGAUACCGCAAACCCACAAGAAGCCAUGAGCAGCAUUUCUGUGAAGGAAAAUCACAAUCAUAUAAAAAAUGAACCACAGAGAAAUUUGAUGGAAAAUAGUUGCAAGCAAAUCGACAACGUUCGUAAACGGAAACGAAGCGACGAUACAAUAGUGGUCGAAGACAACUCCAAUCCGAAACCGGAAGUCGAACGAAUUGUAUUGAUGUCUCCAAGUGGUAGCAGAACACUAACAGUUCCAAGGCUUGCGCAAGGUCGCAAGGUUGUGAUGCAAAAUGGUUUGGUUACAAUUCCCAAUGCAAGCGUUUUACUGAAGCGACUGAAGCUGAACGCGGAAAACUUAAAGCAAAAACAAAGGUCAAUAAGCACGGACGCCUCAGCCAAUGAAAACGACAAGCGUGGCUUACAAAAACUCGGGGAACCAAUCAGAGUCCGUCAUACUUCACUGCACUCACAUGACCAACAUGAAAUUAAGCAGCCAACCACAAGCAGCAGUAGCACGAAGUACGAAACGAUUGACUUGCAGUCGCUGCUAGGGUUCGAUGAUGACGUCACUGUCGAUGAUGACGUCACAGUGCUGCCAGGGAACAGCGCAACAAAGGACAAAGUAGUAUAUGGAAGUACUGAAGGUCAGCUCACAGGUGUUCUGAAGGAAGUUGAAAGCCAAAACAAACCAAAAAGGAAGUACAACAAAAAGCCGAAAGUGAGCGUAAGAAUGGCGGGGUCAGAAAACGACAAAGAAUUGGUGAAACCGCCAUUGCCGUACAACCAAUUGAUAUAUCUUGCUUUUAAACACGCCGGAUGUAAGCAACUCACUGUGAGACAAAUCUACAAAUUCGUGACGUCGCGAUUCCCGUAUUAUGCUUACGCUAACUUAAAUUGGCAGAACGCCAUACGUCACCAGUUAUGUUGCAGUAACCACUACCAAAAAAUAUUGUUACAUCCCAACGAAGUAGCGAACGAUAAACAGGGAAAAUAUGCUUGGGAGAUCCCAACCCAAGUCUCAAUAGAGAAAUUGGAUGAUGAUUUGACAACACACUUGGAAAAAGACGGCGUAAUCGACAAAAUUAGGCUGGCUAUGCCCCAGGACACAGGCGAUUUUGAGGAGUUAUUUGGAGAUUGUAAGCACGACACCCCUGUAAUUUCGGACAGCACAGAUCUGUACGAACACUUGCUGCAAAUGUGAACUAUAAAGACAGUGUUAAAAUUUGCGAUUGUUUUUCUACGUACACACUACCUAUUUAUUUGAAAGUUUAUUUUUCGAUUCAAAAUUGCAAUAAAGUAAAGAAU